AUGUUACUACAACUGCUCUCUUCCAUCUUGCUCGCGGUUUUGACGUUCAUCAUUCUCGAUUGGCUGUUUGAAAUCGACACAGAAACCCCACACAUCGCCGGGCUGCCAGCAAAGAGAGGAUAUCCGAUCGUGGGAGCAGUCUUCCAGCUCGGCAAGUCCCAUCCGCUCACCUACCGAAAAUGGAGCGAGGAACUGGGCCCGGUAUACCAGGUGCGGCUCGGCAACAAGAGAGUUGUGGUGGCCAACAGUUACGCAUCGGUCCGCGAACUGUGGAUCACAAACAUGCGUGCCAACAUCUCGCGACCUGAAUCUUACACGUUCCACAAACUGCUCAGUAGCAAGGAUGGCCCCACUAUCGGCACAACCCCCUGGGGCGUUUCUGCUCGUCGCAAGAGACGCGCAGCCUCCACCGCCCUCAACAAACCAAGUGUCGCGGCAUACACCCCAAUCAUCAAUCUAGAGUCGUACAAGUGCAUCCGACGGUUCCUGCGGGACUGUGGAGGCAUUGAAGGGGAAGUCGACGUGUCUGUUGGGUUGGCCACCUACUCCCUCAACACUUCUCUGACCUUGAACUACGGCAUCAUGACAGCUGAUUUCGAUUCGACAUAUUUGGCCGAGGUAAUGGACAUUGAAGAGCGCAUCCUCCGACUCAGAUCCACCAUGCACAACACCCAGGACUACAUCCGGUACCUGCGAGUUUUCUCCCGAGGCUCCACUGUGGAAGCAGCAGAGUGCAGAGAACGACGGGCCCAAUACAUGACCAAGUUUCUCAAAAAGCUCAAACAAGAAAUCGACGACGGAACAGACAUGCCGUGCAUUGCCGGCAAUAUUCUCAAGGAUAAGGAGUCAAAGAUCACCGACGCCGAUCUCCGGUCAAUUUGUCUAACCAUGGUUUCUGCUGGCUUUGAUACUGUUCCGGCUAAUCUCAUUUCCUGUUUCGGCCACCUGUCCCAUUCCUACGGACAAACCAUCCAGAAGCGAGCUCUUGAGGCCAUUGACCGCGCCUAUCCCGAUGGAGACGCUUGGGAAAUGUGUCUAAUGGACGACUCAAAAGUGCAUUACAUUGUGGCUCUCUGUGAGGAGACGGUUAGAUAUGGAAGUGUGGUCCCCAUGGCUCUGCCUCGACGCACCAUCAAUGACAUCCAUUACCAGGGCGCUGUUAUUCCUGCCGGUACAAUUCUCUUCAUGAACGCGUUUGCAGCUAACUUUGACGCUACUCGGUUCCAUGAUCCGUUCAAGUUUGACCCAGAAAGAUACCUUGAUCUUGAUGGACGGUUGAAGACGGAGCUGGGACCUGCCCAUUUCGGUUUCGGAGCUGGCUCUCGAAUGUGCUGUGGCAUCCACCUGGCGCGAAAGGAGCUGUAUGUCGCGCUGGUUCGCUUCAUUCUCGCUUUCCGCAUUUUGCCGCCAGUUGAUCCCAAGGAUAUGAUGGUCAAUGAUCCGGUGGAGAUUUUUGCUCAACCCGAGAACAUGACUACGAAACCCCCACCCUUCAAAGUGAGACUGCAGGUGAGAGAUGCAGAGAAGCUGGAUCGGUGGUUAAAAGAGACCAAGGAGGGGUUGGGGGAGACCUGGAGUGUUGGGCACGAUUAA